AUGGCUCCUAGCGCUGGUGCGACGUUCACCAGUUUUUUCCCAUCUGCCCCAAAGGCUGCUCGAGAUAAAGCCAGGGAAAGGGAGCGAGCAAAGUCACGACUUUCAGAGUGCAGCACCGACCGCGAUGCGAAAACAUCUACUGCCGCUUCUACAUCCAUAUCAACAUCAACGUCGGACUCGGCUCAACGCAAUGGCGUCAACCACGAACUCUCAUCAUCUGAUGCCGUGCAUCUACCGACUGAUGACAACGAGUCAUUACAAGGAGAUAUCCUGAACGGCGUCGGCUCCGCGAGCUCUCACGCCAGCACAGCUUCUUCCGUUUUCAGCCAUGGCUCUGCCAAGAAUAAUAACAUAUCAUCACAUGCUAACAGCAGCCUCACGCCUCUCACCAACUCUGGCUCUCCUUCCAACCCAUCCACUUCUACCCUGAAACCACAACAUACCAGUCGCCCCCAAGAUGCCAGAAUACCUAAUGAUUCGAUUCGCGCUGCCGCCACGGAACGUACCUCAACAUCGCGUCGGACAGGUGCCAAUGUCCGUACGCCGGCACGAGACCCCAAGCGUCCAACACAAGGAAUGAAACGUACCUACGAUCCAUUACUUGACAAGAAAAUCUCUUCGACCGAGAGGAAAACAGCGAAGCCUACAUACAAGCCCUUCGGUGCGGCAGAUGACGUCCCCCCCACGGACCCCCGACUGGCAAGAGGAAGUCGACUUGAUUAUAUCAAUGUCGACUUUCACCUGCCUAAAGCUAGAUUGCGCCAGACCCCGUACAACUUGAAAGCAUAUGUGUAUGAUCCUGCAACGUCGAUAGGCCCUGGGCCGCCUACCCAGAUUGUGGUCAGCGGCUUCGACCCGUUGACGCCUUUCUCAAAAGUGACAAGCAUCUUUAACACUUUCGGUGAGAUCGCCGAAAGCAGUAACAAAAUGCAUCCCGACACUGGCGCGUUCCUUGGCUUCGCCACCUUCCGAUAUAGAGACGCAAAGCCGCAUAUUAGUAGACGUGGUAUGGCCGUUCCUGCUGUCGAUGCUGCCAAAAGGGCUGUCAGAAAUAUGACAGGGCGCAAAAUCGAUGCCAACAUGGUCAAGGUGGAUUUCGAUCGGGAUGGUAAGAAGAGUCGUCUGAUGCUCGAAAAUGUCCUGAAGCGCGCCGAAGAGGAAUCUCAACGAGCGCGCGAUGCUCAGGUAGCAAGAACAGCUGCGGCAACAACAGCACCAACUGGGCCAAAACCAAAGCCUGGUGACGGAUUUGUACGACCGCCUCCUACCGCGCCGAGGGGACCUGCCGCCCACCGACCAACCCCCCUUCCUACAGAUCCAAAUCCGACUUUUGCUGUACCUGGAAGACCUCGUCCCCUAAUAGAACCAGUAAUCGUUUCAACGGUCCUCCAGGGAGAGCCCUACAUCUUUGUGCCUGACAGCAGUGUGCCCGUCAUGCCGACAACUGUCGCCCACAUGAAAAAGCGACUCAAGUCAUUCGCCGUUGACGAUGUGCGCGCCGAUCGGACUGGCUACUAUGUCAUAUUCACAAACAACACUGCUGGCCGGGAAGAGGCGUAUAGAUGUUACAGGUCCGCAGAUGGUAGUGCCUUCUUUACCUAUACUAUGCGUAUGCAGCUCAGGAAUGGGACUGCGCUUGCACCAUCAUCACGAUCUUUGAAAAACUCGACCUCAGAACCUGCCAAACGAGCAGAGCCCGAAAGGAAACUCGUUCCAGAAGUACGUCACAGGAGCGAGCGGGACCAACGUCGCCGGGAUGAGGAGGCUGUGCUGAAAGAGGAGAAGGAACAGCGUGCUAAGGACUUUGACCCUGUGGUGGAAGCGGUCAUAUUGGUACGUCGCGAGAUGAGGGAACACUUGAUCAGGCAUAUCCGGACCAAGGUCGCAGCUCCUACUUUACACAACUUUUUGGAUCCCAACAAUCAUGCCUCUAAACGACGAAAGCUGGAUUUGGAUGUCCCCACCAGUCGGUCUUUCGGCUCCCCUCGUACAGUCGAUGAUGGCAGUGCUACGCCCGUGGGCACACCCAACUCAAGCGCAGAUCCCAUAGAACGAAGAACAGCUAAACUCGAUGUAACUGCGCUGCCAAGGAUACGGAAAGCUACCAAAGGAUCUCUUGCUGCACAGCGGAAUCUUGGCUUUCAGGAUCCCUUCGCUCGUAAGCGUACUUUGGUGGCACGCAACGCGUUCAGAGGCUUGCACCAUCGUCUUGCACCAGACAGCGACGACGAUGCAUCUGAGGACGAAACAGAGAACCGUGACUCGAUUGCAAGAGACACUGAAGAGCCUGAUUCACGCCCGCGCAGCCGUAUGAGCACCGACGAGGAUGCUUUCAAGGAAGAUGACGACUCUAUGACGGAAGCCAGCUUCGCCGUUAGCGAUGUUCCGACACGCAUGAAGAAACGGAAGUUGGAUCUUCAAGUAGAGGCCGCCAUCAAGCGUCAAAAGAAGACAGACGAGGAGCUCUUUGGUGUUACCAUUGAUACCCUGGAAACGGAUUUCCCUCGCUCGAAUGAGGUUGAAGAUAUUUUCAUUCCUGAUGCAGAUGCGGAUGAUGGGAAAUCACCGGAUCCCAAUCUGCUUUCAGUUGAUGCAGCUAAGAGCAGGAAGAAGAUCUCCAUCGCCAAAGCGAAAAAGAAAUCCAAGAAGCAGAUUUUCGAGGAGAGAGAGGCCCUCAAAAAGGCUCAACAAGAAGCUUAUGUCGAAGAAGUUUUGGAACAAACUGAAAGUGAGGAAGCUGGCGAGCUCGAAGAAGAGGCCAAGAAGCUCUCGUUACCAGAUGUUGCCGAAGCUGAGAAGCCUUUGGUCCGGGACGAUCGGUUCUCUGAUGCUGUGGUCCCUGCUAUGGAUCUAUCAGACGACUUCAAGUUCGGCAUCCAAUCCAUGCAAAAGCUCAGCCUCGAAGAGAAUGACCAAGCGGAUAUUGCGAAACUCAAGAAGAGGUUUAAAGCCGCGGACAUUGGGGAGGCUCGAUUAUGGACAUGGCGGCAUGAACGGGUACGCGAACUCAAUGCACCCAACGCUGAGCCAUCAGAGCCGUUGGUCAUUGAAGGCUACUGGGUGCCGAACUUCACAGGCUCUGCUCGAACAGAGGGUGUCAAGAAGAUUCUCAAUUCCGAAAAAUCAAAAUACUUACCCCAUCAUCUCAAGGUGCAAAGAGCUAGGGAAGAAAGACAGGCCAGGGCUGCGAGGAAAGAUGGCAAGGACACUGUUGCUGCUGCUGCGGAAGCGGCAAAAUUGGCUGCCGAAAAACUUCUCGCCAAGGGCAACUCACGAGCCAACCGUGUCAACAAUCGACGUUUCGUGGCUGAUCUUAACGACCAGAAGCGGACGCUUGGUCAAGAUUCCGAUGUUCUUCGUUUCAACCAGCUUAAAAAGCGCAAAAAGCCUGUCAAAUUUGCUCGUUCGGCCAUUCAUAACUGGGGGCUUUAUGCCAUGGAGAACAUCAACAAGGACGACAUGAUUAUCGAAUAUGUUGGUGAAGAAAUCCGGCAGCAGAUCGCCGAACUUCGAGAGCACCGUUAUCUCAAGAGCGGUAUCGGCAGCAGUUAUCUAUUCAGGAUUGACGAUAAUACCGUCAUCGAUGCUACCAAGAAAGGAGGUAUUGCCCGUUUCAUCAACCAUAGUUGUAUGCCAAACUGCACAGCCAAGAUUAUCAGGGUGGAAGGGACUAAGCGCAUUGUCAUCUAUGCCUUGCGUGACAUUGCUGAGAGUGAGGAGUUGACCUAUGACUACAAGUUCGAGCGUGAAAUUGGUAGUCUGGACCGUAUUCCCUGUUUGUGCGGUACAGCUGCUUGCAAGGGUUUCCUCAACUAA